CUGGAAGGGAGCUGCGUUGUGGUGCCAUGUCACACAAAACCUCACGUUCAAGUCAUCUGGUACAAGUACCAUAAAAUACAUUAUCCUGUGGUGUACAAUGAACUCGAACCCCGGACCGUGGAAUCUCAGUUCAGGGGACGUACGUCGGUGGUGGGCAAAGCUGCAGAGGGAAACUGCUCUCUGAUGAUUGACCACAUCAAGUCAGCUGACAACAAUCUACAAGUCUACGUGUGGAUUUUACCAGAUUUUGGGAUUAAAAGAUUCCAUGAUAAAACUGUAACUAUCUCUGUCGUGAGGGCAAGUCCCACUAUCUCUUUCGAGGGCCUCCUCGUGGAGGAGGGCAUUUUUGAAGCCAACUGCAGCAUAAAGCACUCCUGUCCGGUGUCACCACCUGUACUUCGCUUGGACGGGAGUACAGGUCUGGAAAACUCCACUUCGAUGGAUUUCCACACAGAGAGCGAGGGGCAAUGGCUGCACAGAGCGCUGCUGCGAGGAAAAGUCACACGCCAAAUGCACAACAGCAAAGUUAGAUGCUCUGCACGGUUCGAACGCUUCACCACACAAAGUCAACAAAUAACCCUCAAUGUUUUAUAUAAACCUGCCUCUGUGAGGCUGAUACCAGAAGAGAAAGCGCUGAUGGAGAGGGACAGUGUCACGAUAGAGUGUGCUGCCGACAGUAACCCAAACCCACACUUUUACACUUGGUUCAGACGGCAGAUGGGCAGGACGAGUCAAAUAAAUUCAACACAGAGAACAAUGUCGUUCCACAACGUUACGCGACAUACUUCUCUGUCGUGUAUGGCUCACAAUGACGUUGGAGUGGGGCAGUCCGAGUGGAUGGAUCUGGAUGUCAAGUAUGCCCCACUAAUCCAGCCUGAAUCGUCCUGCAGCCUGCAGCGAAACGUGAUGAGAUGUCUCUGCGUCGCUGUGGCCUUUCCCAACGCCUCCAUUUCCUGGAUUAUCGAUGGAAAUGAUACUCUCCAAUCUUCACUCUUCCCAGUCAUCUCGAUAAAUAAAAAUGUAGCUCGUGGAGAAAUAAGUUUUCUGAAAAACAGGCCUACUAACGUGUCCUGCACGGCCUGGAACCAGUUUGGCAGUGACAUCAGACAUGUUUACAGCUGUUCCACGCUUUGUCAGACAGACAGCUCCACU